GCCUGACAAGCUUGCUCGCAUAAAGAAGUCGUGAUAACCAGCAGUGACUGAGCGACACGUUGAUCCCCUCGUCUGGCGGCGGAGGCAAUAAUGAGGAGUUCGCUUUACACGCAUCGGAUUUAUGCGAGAAGCCGUCAGUCCUCUUAGGCGAUGCUCUUAAUACCGGGAGCGCUUCUGCAAUUUGAAUUACGCAGUAAAUUACCCAAAGAGACCGCUCACUCACUGGCACCAUGACUCUCCAACGGCUCCCUCUGUUUACUAUGACGACCAGAGACACUGACUCAGGAAUAUUAGCACACAAUCCACUCGGCCCUCAACCGUGGCGGCGGGUUCGUGACGAACUGUGGUUGUCAGAGAACAAAGCACUGCGAAGCCCCACCUCGAAUCUGAUCUGGACAUUGGGAGAGGGGGGCAUCUAG